UUAUGAAAUCUAACGCAGAGAUCUCCCGGCACCGAUCAUCAGGAAGUAUUUCGAUUUCGGCAAUUCGGAACCUACUUCCUAGAUCUGGAUCUGCAAAGAAGAAGAUGGCAAACCCUAAGCUUUCACGAUUCAACUGUGAAAAUGUUCCACCGGUGGAUCCGAAUAUUGAGGUUGGGGAAUUACGUUCGAUUUUAAAGGAAUCAACUGGAAAAAUCUCGGUUUCGGGAAAAGAAACCACAGAAAUGGCAGAAUUGGAACCUCAGCAACAUGAAGAAGAACCGUUGUCUGCAGAUCCCCAUGUUAAGGUUGUAGCGAGAAUUAGACCUCCUAAUUCUCAUGAAAGAGGGGAUUAUACGGUUAGAAAAGUUUCUGAUGAUUCAGUAUCCGUUGGGGAUCGGAAAUUUACUUUGGAUGCAGUCAUCGACUCCAAAUCUAGCCAGGAGGAUGUAUUUCAAUUAGUUGGUGUCCCGAUGGUUAAGAGCGCCAUGGCAGGUUACAACACAUCAAUCCUGGCCUACGGACAGACUGGAAGUGGAAAAACUUAUACAUUGUGGGGUCCACCAAGCGCAAUGGUUGAAGAUCAAUCAGCCAAUGGUAAUCAAGGAAUCGUUCCACGCAUCUUCCAGAUGCUGUUUACUGAAAUCCAACGAGAACGAGAUCAAGCAGAAGGUAAACAGAUAAAUUAUCAGUGCCGCUGUUCUUUCCUUGAGAUAUACAAUGACCAAAUUGGAGAUUUGCUCGAUCCAACCCAGAGAAACCUAGAGAUAAAAGAUGAUGCUAAACAUGGGUUUUAUGUUGAGAAUCUGACUGAGGAGUACGUGACUGGCUAUGAGGAUGUUACUCAAAUUCUGAUCAAGGGACUCUCCAAUAAAAAGGUUGGAGCAACAAGCAUAAAUUCCAAAAGUUCAAGAUCUCAUAUUGUGCUUACAUGCGUCAUCGAGUCUUGGUGCAAGGGUAGUUCUAAAACAAGCAGGAUUACCCUCGUGGAUCUUGCUGGACUUGAGAAGAACAGAACAAAUGAUGCUGGUAAAGAGUGUGCCAGGGAAGGAGAAUUUGUGAAGAAGUCCAUAUCACAACUUGGAAACUUGGUUAAUAUCCUUGCCGGGACAAACCAGUCUGGACUCUCCAAAGACAUUCCAUAUAACAAUUCCUGUUUGACUCAUUUGCUGAGAGAAUCACUUGGAGGCAACUCAAAGCUUAUAGUUAUAUGUGCCAUCUCCCCAGAUGACAAGUGUUCUGGUGAAACAAUUAGCACACUCAGAUUUGGACACCGGGCAAAACUUAUACACAAUAAUCCGGUAGUAAACAAAAUAACAGAAGACGAUGUUAAUGAUCUCAGUGAUCAAAUUCGUGAACUUAAGGAAGAGCUAAUAAGAGCAAAAUCAGAUGCUAGUUACUCUAUUGGAUCUAACACAAAUUAUAAAGGUGGUAGCGUUCGCCAAAGCUUGAAUCAACUUAGAGUAAGCCUUAACCGUUCACUAAUCCUCCCACAAAUAGACAACAAUGAUGUGAAAGAAGAACUUCAUAUUGAUGAGCAUGAUGUUAGAGACUUACGCCUCCAGCUCGAUAUGCUGCAUAGUUCUUGUGAUGAGGAAUUUCAAGAAACCUCUGAAAGCACACGCUUUUUCUCCAUGGGUGGUUGUGAUGAUCUGGCAAGCGAACAGUAUGCAAGUUGUCAGGAAGAAAGUGAAAACGAAGAAAUUAUUUCAGAAGAACCUGAGAUGGAUCUCGGAAAUCCGAAAGUGAUUAAUAUCAGUGCUGGCAGGCCUUCUGAUGUCUUCAAUGGUCCUACGUUAUCAGAGUCCCCCAAAAUUGGUAAUGCCAUUCGAAAGAGCAUGAUUAGCGAUCAAAUUAGGUCAUCUUUGCGAUCAAGCAAAAUGUUUGGAGGUCCAACUGAAUCGUUAGCUGCUAGUCUUCAAAGAGGCCUAGAUAUUAUUGACAACCACCAACGUAGCUCUGUGUUGAAUAAAUCAUUAGUUGCCUUGUCGUUUGAGCAUUUGGCUACUAAGACAAACGAUGCUUCUGUUCAAACGUCCACAGAUGAGUCCCCAAAUUCGUAUAUCUGUUCAACUUGCCAUAAAAAAGCACUAGUUGCAUCCAAUGAUGUCCAGGAUAGCUUGAAGACAUGGAUUGUCACAAAGAAUGAGCCAGGGAACUCAGAUGAAUCAAACAACGAAAUUGCAGCAGAAACCAUGAAGAAAGUGAAAGACCUUGAAAACCUUUGCAUGGAACAAGUUGCAGAGAUUGAGAAGUUGAACCAAUUGGUCUUGCAAUACAAACAAGAGAAAGAAGGUGGAACAUCGCUGCUUGAUGAGCUUAGAAAUGGGAAGAUUUCGCGUAACAGUGAAACUAAGGUCAAAUGCCAAACAAUAUCUUUUGAUACCAACGAAAAGGAAUCACUUCUCCAAGAAAUCAAAACUUUAAGAAGCAAACUUCAAUCCCCUUCUGAACCACCCUCCUCAAACAAAUCCAUCGAUCGUCUACGAUCAUCCUCUCUCUUAUCACAAUCACUCCAACUAAGAAAAAGCGGUGCAUAUAGUCGAAACGAAGGUGAUGAAGAACUUCAAAAAGAAAGAGAAAGAUGGACGGAAAUGGAAAGCGAAUGGAUUUGUUUAACCGACGAAUUAAGAGUUGAUCUCGAAGCUAACCGUCGCCAUGCUGAAAAGGUGGAGAUGGAGUUGAGAUUGGAGAAGAAAUGCACCGAAGAACUUGAUGAUGCGCUCAUGAGAUCGAUAGCCGGGCAUGGUAAAAUGGUGGAGCAUUAUGCCGAUUUACAAGAAAAGUAUAACGAAUUGGUGGAAAAGCAUCGGUUGAUUAUGGAAGGCAUAGCGGAGGUGAAACGGGCGGCUGCGAAAGCCGGAGCCAAAGGUCACGGCAAGCGGUUUUCGAAGUCUCUCGCUGCCGAACUUUCGGUUUUGAGGGUUGAAAGGGAGAAGGAAAGGGAGUUGCUGAAAAAGGAGAACAGAAGUCUUAAAAUCCAACUCAGAGACACUGCUGAAGCUGUUCAUGCUGCUGGUGAACUUCUUGUUAGACUUAGAGAAGCAGAGGAAACAGCCUCAGUUGCACAGGAAAAUGUUGCAAGCAUUCAAGAAGAGAACGAUAAGUUAAAGAAGCAAGUCGAUAAACAAAAAAGAAAACACAAGAUGGAAAUGAUCACAAUGAAACAGUAUCUUGCCGAGAGCCGAUUGCCGGAAUCCGCACUCAGACCUUUGUACAGGGAAGACUCGGACGUCAAAGCCCACGAUAACGAUGACGACGAUCAGGCGUGGAGAGCCGAAUUCGGAGCCAUAUACCAAGAUCAUUAUUAAGUUAUUGGCAAUUGAAAUUUGCAAGUUGAUAUAUAAUGUGCAUCUACUACAUAUAUAUACUUGCACAAGUUCUUUGUUGCUUUUGAAGUUUAUUAUUGUGAUUUCUUUCAUUGUUUGUUCAUGUCAACCACCCAUAGUGGUUUGUUGUGAAAAUAACUUCG